AUGACUAGGCCUUUAUAUCCGCCAUUUCGAUUUGCAGCAGUCGAAGAAGAUCUGUUCAGAGGAGCUCUGCCGAAACCGAGAAAUUAUCGAUUCUUACUUCGAUUACAUCUAAAGACAAUACUCUCAUUGACGCCACAGCCACCACCAGUCUCCAUGUACCAAUUCGCAUCCCAAAACACCAUACAGCUAGUACACAUCAGAGUCGACAAGCCAAAGGACUCUGUACCAUUAACAUACGCCAAGGUCGGAGCUCUACUCAAUACUAUAAUAGAUCCAAACAAUCUACCCAUGUUUAUACACUGUCUAGACGGUGUAAUAGUCACUGGAGUCGUCAUAAUGUGUCUCAGGAAGCUGCAGUGCUGGAAUGUACCCUCUGCCACUAUAGAAUUCACUCGAUUUGUAAAGGAAGGUGUCAUUGGAUCCGACGAGGCUGAAUUUAUAGAGAAAUUCCAAUACGAAUUCGAGAUUGGCAAGUCUCUACCUAAAUGGCUAUGGAAUGGAAACCCAACGUUUCGUAAACAUCCUUCCCUAAAAGUCAGGUUGCCUCCACCUCCUACUCAACCAGACGACGCCCAGGCACCUGGUGGUGGUAAAGGAGAACGUGAAGACAUGAGACGACGUGUGAAUGCAGAACUUAUGUUGGAAAAGCCAAAUUCGACAAAUAAUUCUAGUGAUACUCGCACGAGAGGGCGUAAUGCUCCGUAUACAGAUGAUGAGGAGGAAGAUAUGUCCCGGACAUUACAAGCUCUAGCCUUAGAAGUGCCAACGUACUCUCCAAGAGUGUAG